AUGCCUCUCACGAUGGUCGACGCUUCCGUCGUGGAUUUCGCGGCGGUGUUCCAGAAAUUCAAAGCAGACAGCCCACGGAAGAAGUUCCUCCUCUUCCUGGCGGACAAGGAUCCGAUCUCCUCGCUGAGUUGGUGCCCUGGUACGUCCUCCCGCCUCUGUUAUCGUCGUAGACUUGAAUUUGGGUGGUGGUUCGAAGCGUUGGCGGGGACUCUCGUUACCCUAUUUUGUUGAUCCGAGGGGUGAGGGAUCUAGGAUGAUUUGUCGGUUAUUAACCGGUAGAUAGAUCCAUAGAUCCCUCAGUCCUCCGGAAAAAGAGGAAACCAUUGAAUUAUAAUUUCCCUGCAGGUAGUGCCGAUAAAGUUUCUUCGUAAUUUGGCCGCAGAUCAUCCUCUUCGGCCCCGUCAGUCUAAGAUUCCGUCUAUCCAUGAAAAAGAAGAAGAAGAAGAAGAGUAGUAAACUAUCAGAUUAUCUUUUCCCUACAGUGUUGAUAAAAUUCUUCCUAAUCAGAGCACAGAUCAUCCCUCUUCGGCCCCAUCAGUCAAAAAUCCGGUGGAUCCAGAAAAAACUAUAAAUUAGUUUUCUUCGUAAUUUGAACGCAGUUCCUCUUCUUUUCCCCGAAAUGAAGAUGAUGACGAGCUACCCCUUCUUCCUCUUCCUCUUAUUUGAUGAUAGAUUGUAAUGUGGCGGAGCCGGUGAUAUACCAGAAGCUAGCGGCUUCGGCCGACGAGGUGGCCGUCCUGAGAGCCUUCGUCGGAGACCGGCCGACGUGGAGGAGCCCCGUUCACCCGUGGCGGGUUGACCCCCUGCUGAAGAUCAGGGGCGUCCCUACGCUCAUCCGCUGGGACGGCGACGCCAUCGCCGGCCGCCUCGAGGACUACGAAGCCCACGUCCCAAGGAAGAUCGACGCCCUCCUCGAGUGA